CUACGUUUUAGCAUAGCUUCUAACGUGACCGAUCGUAACAUCGUGUGUUUUGUGAGGAGGGGAUGAACUCUCUGGUCGGCUACGGGGUGUCCUCUGACUCAGAGAGCGAAGAGGAUGGAGACCGUAACAACGGAACAAUUAGUUCCAAAGGAGUGACCCUAAAGGAAAAAACAGUCGUCACCAAGACGCGAAACUUCCUGUUGGAAUCUGGCUCUGCGUCCAGUGAGUCUGACGGUGACUCUGAACCAGAAGGAGAGGAUGCAACACGACCCUCUCCCCGGCGGCGUUCUUUAGCGGUGACUGCAUCAUCUCCAUCUACUCCUCACCGGCAACCACAACCUCCACCACCAGCCAUACGCUCUCUCCCUCCUCCACCUCCAAACAAACUCCCUCCCCCUCCGCUAGGCACCUGCGCGGGCAGCGGUGUGUUUGCCAACCCCUUCAAGGCACAAGCGGACCAGAAACUGAACGUGUUGCAGAAACACGUUCCGCUCACGAUGCAGGCCAAGCCUGCACUCAUCGGGGGCAAGAGGGUGUGUGUGGCGUACCGGAAGGACGGGCGCUGCAGGUUUGGCAUCAAAUGCAAGUACGCGCAUGACAGCGACCUCCAAAACCCACUCUCCGUCCACGGUGACCCCGGCCUGGAGAUGGCCGACUCCAGUCCGGGGGAGUCCCACCCGGCUGGCUCCAAAGGAGAGGACGAUGGACAGCCAGGCAAGAAGAGGAGGGUAGGACUGAGCAACACCCUGAUUCCUCCCAAGCGGGCCAUGAAGCAGUACGCGCAGCAGAAGGAGCGAGAUCGCCCCAAGAUGUCCUGAGCCUGUCCUACCAGUCGGUUGGUGUCACUGUAUUUAGUGUUUAAGGGCACGUACGUUAGCACCAGAUGAUGACAAGCGUUGUGGAUUAGCCCUUAUCAGCCAGGCCAGAAUCGUGAAAUUGCGAUUUGUGGGUAGGUGGAUGAUGGGUCAACCUAUCAGUCUACCCACUGGACAGUACCAACUGGUAGGCACCUAUCAAACAUAGAAGACACGCCCCCACAUGUCAUGUCACUGUAGGGUCAUGCCAUGCCCUUGUACCGUCUAUCCAAUACCACCUGGUGGUAUAGGAGGUUUCUGUUUAGGAUUUGUAUACUUGGGACUUAAUACAAUGUAUAUAUUUAUUCUGAUGUCCUUUUUUAGCGUUUCUCGAUUUCAAAGAUAAGCAUUGCUAUAGUUGAACUAAACAAAGACAAGGCAGCGUCUCACAAUGUAGACAUUUAGUGAUCUUAUAAACAGUUUAUUAUGUGAUGCUCUAUAUUGCGUAUGAGAAGGUUUAUUGGAGACACAACUUGGGGUUUUCAUAAUUGUUGCUUUAAAAAUAAAACUGCUUGAUCCAACAUAAAACCUCAAUUUUCUGAGACCAUUGAGUAUUUUCUGUUCUAUGCCUGUGAAACAACAUUAAUACAUUAUACAGAACCCCGAAUGUUGUUAAAUACAUUUGUCUACACUAGGGCUUUGACUCCGAACUUCGUUAUUCGAGUAUAUUCAUAAUAUUGUAAUGACCACGGAAGAGGCAGUGAAUAAAGUAUUGAUUAGACAGCGAUUUAUUAGAAACCUAAUAAACCGUUGGAACACGCAAGACCGGUAACCAUAGCAACGCCGGUAAACAAACCUCGCGAAGCCCAAUCCAGGUUUUACUGAAGGCAUUUAAUGGUCAAAAUAUUAAUAAAUAUUCGAAUAUAUUCGAAUAUUAAUA